AUGGAGAAGAACAACUACACAGUCGUCAUCACCGGAGGAGCACCUUACAUGAAAGAGUACAACUUCAACACAUCCGCCAUGAUACGCGAUUCUAUUCCAAACUCGUCCCUUACCGGGACCGACAAAGACAUCCACGUUUUGAAGUAUCCCAUCGACGUGGAGUGCACCUUUGAAUCUAUGGGAAACAUGAUCGACGAGGUGUGGAGCAGGAAGUUGGCCGUCUUCCAUCCAGGAGCGCAGGAUAAUCAAACCAUUGACUACAACUUGGUCAUACACAUGGGAAUGCGGGAAGGAGAGGAUCGGAUUUGCUUCGAGAGUAUGGCUCGCAAGGAGCGUAUGAAGUUUAAAGGGCUCGAUGGAAAGGGUCUACCUUCCAAAUACGACGCAGUUGGAGGCCUUUGGGAAGGAGUCCCAGGUGUUCUGCACCCCGAUCUAGACAUUGCAGGAGCGGCUGAGAAAGUCGCCCUACAAUACCCCUUGUGGUCUUCGCUCGGCCUGCUCACGAAACAGGGAAAUCCUCGCAUCGCUUGCUUCGUUUACGUUCCCAAAGCCACAGAUGACGAGGCGAUUCAGAGUGGCGUCAAGGUCACCGUUGCUUUUAUCAGCGCAUUAGUUGACGCGAUGGAUACAGAGAAAAUGUUAGCCCUAUACAGCAUAUGCUGGAGUAAUAUAUUCUGGAUUGCGAUUGCCAUUAUGGAGGUUGCUUUCGCUUCCCGGGAUAGAGCUGUUCGGUGCCAAACUCCUCAUCCCGAAAGAUUCUCCAAAACAACGGACAACCCGGGAAGCAAAAAGGUUAUGCAAAAGCUUAGCUGGACGUUGUUCCUUGGAAACAAGGCUGCAAAACUUAUUGAAGAGCCUCAGGAUCCCAGAUGCGAAGACGGAGAGGUGUGCACAAAACUCAUUGAAGAUCCUCAGGAUCCCGGAUGCGAAGAAGAACUAGGAGGUGAGGAUGAGAGGGAGCAAGAGGAAGAGGAAGAACAGAUGAAGCGAUCAGUACAUUUCUAA